CGUGAGGUAGCACCGUAGCGCCCAAUUCCAGACCAGUUCUAAUAAGUAGGGUAGGCAACGCAGGCAGCCGGGGACAAGAGAGGGGAGACCCUGUGGGCUGUGUUGUGGAGGCACUGCCUGCGCUGCGGCUGCCUGCCUGAACUGCACCGUACCAAGCAGCAGCGGCGGCGGCUGGUUGGAGUCGGAUAAGAGGGAUGGGGCGGCCGCCGAGCAGCGGGGGCCCCGCGUUCCGGUUCACGCACGCGGAGGUCGCAGAGAUGGAGGAACACCUGCGCCAUCUCAACAACGCCAUCCCGCACCGCGACGUCAUCCAGGGCCUCGCCGACAAGUUCACCGCCUCCCCCGCCCGCGCCGGCAAGAUCUCCGUCCAGCCCAAGCAGGUGUGGAACUGGUUCCAGAACCGGAGGUACUCGCAGCGGAACAGGACCACCAGAGGUGCGCCGCUGCCGCAGGGGAAGAUGCUGCCCACGGGGGCCGCCGACGAGCACCACUCGGCUUCCUUCGGGGCUCAGUCAGCUUCCUCUGUGUACCCCACAGGGAAGAAUUCUUCAAAUGGUGGCCAGGUUGAUUUUGAAGCUAAAUCAGCUAGAGAUGGAGCAUGGUACGACGUUGCACACUUUCUAUCCCACAGGUUGUUUGAGACAGGGGAGCCGGAAGUACGAGUCCGCUUUUCCGGAUUUGGAGCUGAGGAGGAUGAGUGGAUUAAUGUUCGAAAAUGUGUGCGACAACGUUCUCUUCCAUGUGAACCCACAGAAUGUGUUGCUGUGCUUCCUGGUGACCUCAUUCUUUGUUUUCAGGAAGGCAAAGAGCAGGCUCUAUAUUUUGAUGCCCGUAUCCUUGAUGCUCAAAGGCGCAGGCAUGAUGUAAGAGGAUGCCGCUGCAGGUUUCUUGUUCGCUAUGACCAUGAUCAUUCUGAGGAAAUUGUUCCACUGAGGAAGGUGUGCCGUCGUCCAGAUAAUGGUUUCAGGCAACAUAUUCUGCAUGCUAAUAGAGUGGCGGCUUCUGCACAAGAUGUUCAUAUGGGCAUUCAGAUUGAUCGCAGCUCAGCAGAGCAGAAACCCCAAAAGCCGCAUAAAAUGAUGGAUGUGAACACUGACGAGGUGACCAUGGUACCCAAGGUUGAGCCAACGGAUAAGCCGGUUGUUUCUUUACCAGCCGCGUCUAUUAGCACCCGUGGUGAUUCAAGUUCAGAUGUGACGAUGAAGGAUGCAGGGGCGACCCCAGAAGUUGAAGCUGCAGAUGAAGGACAGGGUGACAAGAUGAACGCGGGAGAGUAAAACUUUUGCUUUCCUUGCCCCAUAGUUGGCGUGCCCGAUUGCAGGCGCCAACAGUGGGUUUCUUGGUAAUGCUCAACCCGCUUUCCCACCUUUCACUCUUCCUAAGAUCUUGUAAGAACCGGUAUUUCCGUUGAGCAAUUAAUGGAAAGAGGACUCGCCCGAUUGGAAACUGUGCAUUUCGUAGUGAAUCUCCAAAACUUGUCCGCUUACAAACUUCCGCUCAGGAACCUCUAGUGAAAGGAGAAUAUGUAAAAAUGUGUUGGAUUUGCUAUCUAUGUACCGAUAUCCUGAGAAAGUUAAGACCGGCCCUUGCUGUUAUUAGGUGAAAAAUAGGUGUGGAA